AUGUCCAAGUCUUUUAUGCCAAAUACUUUUGAUGUUUGUUUGGUUACAAUUGAAAAGGAUAAAUAUGAGGUUAGAUCAGUAGGUGGAAACACUCAUCUUGGGGGUGAAGAUUUUGAUAACAGAAUGGUAAGUUACUUUGUGGAAUUGAACAUGGAAUUAUUUGAGAAGUGUAUAGGCCCAGUUAAGAAAUGUUUGAAGGAUGCAAAGAUGGACAAGAAUGAGGUUGAUGAGGUUGUCUUGGUUGGUGGAUCAAGCAGGAUCCCAAAGGUCCAACAAAUGUUGCAGGAUUUUUUUGGUGGAAAGAAGCUAAAUAAAAGUAUUAAUACCGACGAGGCGGUUGCAUAUGGGGCUGCUGUCCAAGCUGCAAUGUUAAGUGGUACAAACGAUAACAAUUAUGUGCUUACUGAUGUAACUCCUUUAUCUCUUGGUAUCGAGAAUAAUUUCAGAGAAAUGUCUGUGUUGAUCCCAAGAAACACUCCAAUCCCUACUAAGAAAGAAAGAAUGUUCACAACAACAAAGAAGAAUCAACAAGAAGUUCUAUUCAAUGUCUAUGAAGGUGAGAGAACCAUAGCAAGGGAUAAUAACUUGCUUGGAAGUUUUGAGCUUGUGGAGAUUCCUGCUGCUCCUAAGAGGAAAAGGGUUAUUGAUAUCAAUGUGUCAUUUGAAAUUGACGCGGAUGGGAUCAUGAAAUGCUAUACUGAAGAGCUAACAACCAAAAGAAAAAAGGGAAUCUCAAUCAGUUAUCAGAGUGGACGACUGUCCAGGGAACAAGUUGAUAGAAUGAUAGAAGCUGCUGAGAAGUUCAAGGAUGACGAUGAGCAGAAAAGAAGGAAGGUUAAAGUGAUGAAUGAUCUGGAGAACUAUGCUCACGACAAGCGACUUUUGCUGAGAUGCCAUGGUGGGAAGAUUGCUAGGAAAGAGCGGAGGGAGAUGGAAGAUGCCAUUGAUCAGGCAGUUAAAUGGAUGGAUUGGAAUAAUCUUCUAAGUCACGCUAGUAUGUUUGAAGAAAAGAUGAAGGAGCUUGAGAACAUUUGUGAGCCUAUCAUUGCCAAGAUACAGAAACUACGUGAUGAUACUCGUCUUCAUGAGACAGCACAGAAAAAGAACAUUGAGAUUGACAUUAUCGAUAUUGAUUAAGAUCUGUAUGCUGUUUUGGGUGGUUUUGCAGCAAUUUUGGUUGGCAAGGAAGUUGGACAUUCUGAAAUGAUGACCAUGUAAAAUGACGCUAGCUUUGGUAUUUUGGUCCUAUAAAUCUCUGUUAUUUUUGUUAGUUUCUCUGUAGUUGUACCUGGAGAUCUUAAUAUUGUCUAGUGAUGAAUCUGAUGAUCCUUAUAUUCAGAAUUAUUAGUUAUACUACUACUUUAUUCAUCGAUAUGUACACUUCAAUUGAGCUUAAGUGCCUAUGAAUGGCUCAUCGAAGCUUAU